GCCAUUCUUUGCCAAAUUACCCUAGUAAAUACAUAUCAUAAACCUAAAUAGCUCGUUUUCUAGAAGACGAUAUGGAAAAUAUGAAAGAUGGUAUAGAAAAUAUAAAAAUUACAAAAAAUGAUACAAGUGAAAGAUGCCCAGAAUGUGGUCAAGAAUUUAUCAAUAAAAUUUUAUCUUAUUGUAAGCCAUGUUAUUCGGCACAUUUCCGUAAUAACUUUACUUACUGGACCAGUGGUAAUUUAAAUAUUGAUGAACUAAUUCAAAAUUCACAACUCAACGCGAAUGAUAAAUAUGAAUUAAUUGAAUGGAUUGAAUAUUCAAAUUUUAAAGAUGUUGAAUUUGUUGCUAAUGGUGGGUUUGGGAGUGUUUAUAAAGCCAUCUGGCAAGAUGGUCCAAUUGAAGAACCCUUUUGGAAUAUCAAAAAAUCUGAAUGGAAUCGUAAUAGCUUCAAGGAAGUGGCAAUAAAAAAAUUCCGAAAUGCAACAAGUGUUAGCUUGGAGUUUUUAAAGGAGGUUAGGAGUAACUUAAUGUUAAAUUACUCAACACAUUGUAAUGGAAUUUAUGGAGUGACUUGUGAUCCUCAAAACGGAGAAUAUGCAAUUGUCGCUAAAUUCCAAAAUGAUGGCAAUCUGAGGGAAAUGAUUAAAAAAAACUACAGUAUCCUGAAUUGGAGAGUGAUUAUUAAAAUCCUUCAUAAUAUCAGCAAUGGAUUAUAUAUUGUUCAUAAUAAAAAUUAUCUCCACAGAGAUCUCCACAGUGGUAAUAUUUUAAAUAAAUUGAAAAAUGAUCCUAAUCUUAGUAUCUCAGUGAUUUCGGAUUUUGGUUUAUGUUGUCCCGCAAAUCAAAGUUCUGAAGAUAAGCCAUUAUAUGGUGUCUUACCGUUUGUUGCUCCAGAAGUUUUACGUGGUGGGGAGUUUACCAAUGCAGCAGACAUUUAUGGGUUUGGGAUGCUAAUGUCAGAAAUAAUCAAUGGCAACGCACCUUUUGUUGAUAGAGAUUAUGACUUGCACUUAGCACUAGAUAUUUGUGGAGGAGAGCGUCCAUUAAUUCCAGAAUAUACACCUGAGCCAUAUGCAGCCUUGAUGAAAUGUUGCUGGGAUCCUAUUCCUACCAAUCGUCCAUCAGCUAAUGAAUUGCUUGUGCAAACUGGAAACUGGGAAAAAAUUAUAUGUAAAUUCGAGUUCAGAGAUAGUCAAUUGACAGAAGAAUUUAGCCAGGAACGGGAGGACAUAUGGAAAGCACGAUUAGCAGAAUUGGCUAUAAAUCCACAUCCUUUGAAAAUAUCACAAAACAUGCUUACUAGUAAACGACUUUAUUAUUCUAAACAGCUCACACAAUUACUUGAAACCAAGGAUGUUGAAAUGAAAACAAAUGUAUAUCACACUCGGCAAUUCGAUAUGUCUCUAUAGAAGGAUUAGGUAAUGAUGUGUGGUUUACACUUUUGGUAUAAUUUAUUUGAGCUUUAAACUUUUAUGAUUGUGAUUUCAGUUUACAAUUAUACUAUUAGAGUAUUUUAAAUAAACAAAUCC